GCGCGAAUGAUCGAGCGGAUGACAGUGUGAAACUAUUACAAUAUCAAUCAACGCUUGAAGAUGAAAGCUGUGCGUAGUACCCUCUCCUCCACAUCGUACUGCCACCCACAGGGCCAAACGCCGUUCUACCAAUCGAGCUACUGCCAGAGCUGCUCUGGGAGCGAGACAGAUGUCUCCACAUCGACUGAGAACUUGAGUGCAGAGGAACGACUUGCCCUGAGACGCGGGGAGCGACAGGAACCCCAGGGCGAGGAAACAGCGCUCACCGAGGACGAGCUCAGCUCGCGUUCCAACACUCUUGUGAUUCGAAACAACAGUUCCAUUGAUGGUUUUACAUCACCAUUCUAUGGGAAACCACCUGAGAGUGGUCCUGUAAAGGGCAUGACACCGUUGCCAGCAGCAAAUGCGCCUGUGCGUGAAAUCACCGAGAUACCCAAGCAUUACUUGGACCAGUCGGAAGUGCUCAAGCACCUUGCCAAGGAAGUACACAAGGACCCUCAAUGUGUACGCAAGGGCUCCACGGGAAGCUUCUCCUUUUCCCAUUCACACAACGACCUCAGCCAGGUUGUGAAUGGAGGCAGCAGCUCUCCACGUUGGAAGGUGGCAGCAGCUGACAUUGAGGCAGCAGCAAGUGGAGGCGUAGGUGGUGGUAGGGGAUCGCCGCCACGCAUCUUUUCGCAGCACCAAUCAAUGCAGCAGCAGUACCAACAGCAGUUGCAGCAGCAAACCAACAUGGCUGCUGCUGCAGCUGCACUUCUUUACCAGCAGCAACAGCAGCAGCAACUACAGCAGCAGCAGCAACUACAGCAGCAGCAGCAACUACAGCAGCAGCAACAGCUACAGCAGCAGCAACUACAGCAACAGCAUCAGGCACAUGCUCGUCCCAGUGGAAGUGCCAUGACCUUGGAACCGGAGACUGCAGUGCAGGCGGUGCAGCAGUUGCUUGAAGAGAAUAGCGCUCUGAAGGCUGAGCUAGACAUGUACUACAGCAAGGUGUCCCGGCUGCAGCGGCUGGAAUUGGAGCUUCAGAAGCUACAGAACGACCAUGACAGCCUAGCACAGUCAACAGAAAAGCGUGAACGCUUGCACGCUGCCAUGCAGUCUCGCCUUGAGCGGGAGCUCAGCAAGUCACAAGAGGUGUCACGCCGGCUCAAAGAGCAACUGGAUACCACGCUGGCACAGCUGUCCAUUCGAUCGCUGCCAGAUCACGGUGACUCUGAACUGAAGAAAGAAGUCAGCAGAAGGGAUGUGCUAAUUGCACAGCUUCUCACGCAAAACAAGGAGCUGACUGCUGAGAAGGAGCGCAAGGAGAUCGAGCUACAGGCACAACGAGCGACGCUGCAGGAGCAGCGCAACCACAUCGAUAUUCUUGACAAUGCACUGAACAAUGCACAAGCCAACGUGGUCAAGUUGGAAGAAGAGUGUCGCAAGAAGCAGUUCUAUGUGGAACGGGCUGGUCAGCUUCAGAAGCAUCUAGCUGAAAUGCAGAUGGCAAGUGAACGGAGGCUGCAAAUGGAGAAGCGUUUCCGAAGCCAGCUGGAGCGGGAUGUAGAAAACCUAACCGCACAAAAGACCGAUGGUAAAUCACCUAGCAAUCCAAGAAAGGAGUCGGAGGAUGUGGAGAUCCUCAAGAAGACAUUGAGAGAGUAUGAGGAGAAGAUAAUUGGCCUGGAAAAUGAAGUGGCAAAGUGGGAGCAGAGAUACCUGGAGGAAAGCACAAUGCGGCAAAUCGCUGUGGAUGCUGCUUCUGUGCCAAAGGAUGCCAAGAUAGCUGCGUUGGAGCGUACCUCCCAGGAGAGCGAGAAGCUGAUUGCACAGGUCCGGUCAGAGAAGCUCAAGCAGAUGGACGAGCUAUAUGCAUCGCAACGAAAGUGUGCUGAGCAGGAAGGAAAGCUGAAGGACCUGGAGUCCCGGCUCGCAGAGAAAGAUGCCAUGAUUCGGGUACUGCAGCAGCACUCCCAGGAGAAAGACGCGGUACUGCAGAGUGCUGUCAUGGGGCGACCAAGGCAUGCCCGGGCAGCUUCCUCUGUGACAUUGGGCUCUGCCGCUACGGGGGCAGCUGCACAUCGCAGGACAGGCAGCAAGGACGAGAUUGGCUCUUCUAGUCUCUCCGGUGUGGUCACCAGUGAAGCAGCAGCUAGUGCAACAAGUACUUCAGUCUCGCAGUCACAGUGCUCAGAUUCCAAGAAGAGCAUCGAUGAACAGCUCAAGGAGUUUGGGUCCCGACUCUCCAACAAGGAAUCAAUAAUCGACACAUUGCGGCUCGACAACGAACACACCACCACCCGGCUUUGGAGGGUCUGAGGAGAGAGAGCCAUCUACUUGCCCAAGCCUGCUGCGAUCACUCACUUGACUCAUCUGCUGCUGCCCAUUCCUGCCUCACUGACUUCUUUCCUCUACGUGCCUUUGUUCUUCCUCAGUGAUGACUCCUCACUGCACUCGCACGCACGCAUGCCACCAUCACACCCACUGCAGCUGAGACAGCUCGCUGGCUGGCCAGCUGGUUUCACUGGCCCCAGUUUGAUGUACAAGGAAAACAAGGGAGCUUGGCGAACUUGAUUUUCAUUUUUCUUUUUAGGAAUGCGUUCCUUUUUGUUUUUGACUGUUUCCAACAUGGGAGUGCUUGGUAAAUGAUAGCGUGUGCGGAGUUCAUGUCUUUGCUUUUCAUGUGCUCGAGUUAGUACGAACAGGAAGAGACACCAAUUUCACUGUCAUCAGGAGGCACUCUUUUACAUUCUUUUGAUGUCCUCUCUGUCUUUUACUGGCUGUGCCACUUCUUUUUGUCCCCGAAGUUUCAAGGCAGAGCGGUGUGUGUGUGUGUGUGUGCCAGGUCCCAAAGUUUGCUGUGCUGAUAUUUACACCACGUGGAAAAGAAACUGGUGAACAAUGUUAGUGCCCUGCUUCUAAAUGAAGCCUGCAUUGUUUUAGACGGUCGUGCCAUUACGGUUGGAAUCUUGUGUUCUUUUACACUUUAUGGAAUGUAUAACAUUCUGGCCCUGGUGCAAUCGGUCUCUCCUGCCCCUUUGCAUAGCAUUGUGAACCUUCUGCGAGACUGUGCACUGCAUCAAGCGUGCAUGUUAAUUUGGUGGGUGCUGGGGGAUCCAUGGCUUGUUGUAAGGUGUGUGCCUUUUGUGGUGUGAUCUGGUGCCUCUGUGAAGAAGCUAGUCAGUGUUUCUUGGUGCCAGCAAAACUAAAUUAGGAAGUGUGUGCCGGUCUAUAAAAUGUGGUUUCACCCUCUCCGUGCUCCAGAAGAGAGCGGACGACUUCCCAGUGUGCAAGUUUCUUUUCUUUCUUCUUCUUUGCUGCUCACUUGUAGCCCGAAGAAGAAAGCGAAAGAAUUAAUUUAGCUGCGGUCCCUUUUAGUGUUAGUUUUUUAGCUUAUUUGGUUGCACAUUCUUCAUUUGUACCUGCUGUGAAGAGAUUGUGUCAGCACCGAGUGCUUAGUAAACUAUCUGCUGCCAUGAACAAGCCAGUUUGCGGAUAAUGCUCUCUUGCGCAUGUCAAAGAGCAUUGGAGAGGGUCACGUUAACAUCAGCUGCCUGUUUUAAUCAAGCUGAUAAGCGGUUACCUGCACAUACUCAGUGGCCCCCUCCCCCCUUCUUUUGUGUAUUUGUCUUCUUUCUUUUAAUUUUCUGUCAAUAUGAUUUGUAUUAUGGAUGCAUUGAUAACUAGGAGCAAAUAAUUUGUGCUCCUUGGUGCCUUUCUUGUGCCUCCAUUUUGGCAACAAAACGGUUGAAAGAAUAUUUUAAUAUAUUCCAUGUAAAUGUUACAUUGUUGAAAAGCACUGUAAGAUUUCAGUUGUGCCUUCACAUUUGUAGAGCCUACAGUUCAGUAAAGCAGUGUUUUAGGAAACAGUUUUGAGCUCUGCACUGCAACACAAGCAGAAUAUGUUAGUGGCGAGGUUGUCACAUUUACAUUGUGAAACUUCUACAAGCCACCACUGAGCACAAGUUUAGUCCUAAGGCUUGUGCAUUGAUGAAAGGUGGAAUUCUAUGCCACUCAAUCAUUUGUGGCAGUAGCAUGUGCAAGAUGAUGUCACGAUAGAGAUACAAGGACUGUAGAAGAUAUGUGCAUUUCUUGUCCAGAACAAAAGAAUCUCUUACAUAUUUUGUCUACACAGCUGAUCCAUCCCCACGCCGUUUCUGUUAAUGGGGUGCCUAUUGACAAGGCGGCAGGUGCUAUUGCACUCUUUGUGGGAACCAUCCUUUUCCUGCAGGAAUGACUGACUGUUGUGUACGACUGUGCUGAAACUUUUUAUACAGUAUUCCACUGUUGACCACGUUCCCCUCUGCCUCGCUGUUGUGACGUGGCAGAUUCGAUUGUACUAGAACUUAGCUCUGCAACAAGGCACACAUUCUCUUAAUAGUACUGCAUCGCGUUCAAGUCUCUUCAAGAACAAAGUAGGUCCUUUGUGUUCUCGAUGCUUGACUCUCACAAGUGUGGCAGCCUUUAUUGGGAAGCUCUUUUUUCAAAGUGGAAUACUGUAAGAGCUUUUUAGUGUGCUUUAGUAGUGGAUCCUUUUACAUUUUUGAGCCAAUCGAGAGUGCAUUGGCACAAGUCUCUGCCACAGGAAAGUGUGAGCUAGCUACAUCUGGCAGUCACCUUCGGGGGCUCUUUUUUUUGUUCCAGAACUUCCCAUUUCCAUUGGAAGUGCUCUGUAGUGCUAAAGGAGACUGUGCCACCUGCCUGCAGUUUGGCUUUGUGGUGUACAUAUAUCUUGUGCUUAUCUGUUAGCAUAUGGGUGCGUGUGUGUGUGUGUAUGGGUGUGCUGAGAAAGAAAGUGACUGGCGCAUUGAGCACUGUGUGCUGGCCGCAUAUGCACAAUGCCAGAGAAUGAAAAGAUGUGUUUUGUUUUUCUUUGUGGUGUGUGCUGGCGUAAACAAGCAAACAAAAGCCCACUGUUCAUUUGUUUUUCUUGUAAUUUUUAUUGUUUAGAGCCUUGCUUUUUUUUUUUUUUUUUUUACUGGUACAAAACUAUAGCGUAGCGUCAAUGACAUGUGCUUGCUCAAAAGUGGCAAUGUCGGCGUGAAUCGGAAGUCUGUCUGACAUUUGUAAGCUGUCAAAAAGGGCUAAGGGGACUACAGUGAAAUCCUUAUAGCCUUUAUUUUCUUAUCACUUGAGAUGUAGCAACAUUGUGGACUUAAAAAGCUGGUGUAUCCCAGUGUCCCGGAUGUUCUCUGGAAACAAAAUUUUCUCCUCUGCCUUACUUGGUUAAUUUUUAGAAAGAAAAAUUCACACAUGCCCUCGUGCUUUUUUUGCACCUGUGCAUGUUUUUUGGCAAGGCAAACCAGAAAAGCUACCUAUAUGAAUGUUUGGGGAUGAGAGGUUACCUGCACUUAAAAAGGGGGGACUGUUCCGAUUCACGUUGGCUUCUUUAUGUUUAUAAAUUUUUUUAGACCUUCCUAUUCAUAAAAUUUAUUAGUAUGCUAUCUGCUGUGCAAUGUUCUAAUUGCUGCAAAAGAAAUAUAUCGUCUAGUCCUGGUGCCAUUUAUGUUUAGCAAGUUUGUUUUGUUUUACUGCAAGUUUUUUUUUUUUUUUUUUCAAGCACAGAGAUAAUGUGGGUCAUUGGUUAUUAUCUCAAUGUUUUAUUCAACAAGGCUGUUUUCUGUAUAGUAAGUAUUCUGCACUGCUUCACAAUUUGUUCAACUGGUGCAGAAGUUAGCCUCCUUAUAUAACUUCGUGACAAAUAAAAAAAAAAUGAAAAGAAAAAAAAAAA